UCUGGUAGAUGUGGUGUAUGUGAAUUCCAGACUUCUUUGCUGAAUCUUUGCAGUUUAUUCUUACUCGCCAGAAAAUAUGGGAGGAUGCCUUCUCAAUCCUCAUUCCGUUCUUCAAUUUCCGUCGCUCUCUGCAUUUGCCCCACUCAGAUUCCGGCAACCAUACUUCUCAAUUAAAGAAAUAUCUGAUCGAUCUUUGGUAUUGAGCAUAAGAGCUGAUGAUGGAAAGAAAGGAAUGCAUAAUAAAAAGAACCCUUAUUCGGGAAGGGCACCUAAAACAGAUGGGGCAGAUGAUGGUGCUCAAUCUUCAUCUCUGUCGCCUAACAAGGAAGAAAUCCUAGCCCUCUUUAAGAGAAUACAAUCUUCGAUCUCUAAAGGGGAGUCAGUAAAUCCCAAGAAGAGAACUCCCAAGACGGCUGAAGAUAGGCUCUCUCCAUCGCCCUCAACCUCGGCUGAAUCAAUUCUGGAUGUUCUUCAUCAAUCAAGAACACAACAAACACAACAAAAAGGGAAAUCUGUAGCCAAGAAAGGCGAUAGAUUCCUCGAUACUCAAAAGGAUUCGUUGAAGGAGAAGGAGACUGCUGCAGCUGCAGCUGCAGAACAUAUAACAAGGCCACCAUCAAGUUUCACCAGGAGGUCUCCAAUACGCUCUCUGUCAAGCCCUAGAAAACAAGUUCAGUCACCUACUAUCGCAAUUCCAAGGGAUGAAACUGAGCUGACAAAUGAAACAUCACAAAUAGACGAUGACAGUGAUCAUCAAGCCGUAAAGUUGGCAGAAAUGAAACUUCCCGAGCUAAAAGAAGUUGCCAAAUCCAAAGGGAUCAAGGGCUAUUCCAAACUCAAGAAGAGCGAGCUCGUAGAGCUCCUAAGCAAGUCGCUGACUGACGCCUCUCCUUGAAUCUAAGUUGUUCAAUGACUGUUAAUGCUUGAACUUACCUUAACUUUCAACCUUUUUCCAUUUCCAUAUUCAUUAAUUUGUAGAAGGGCGCUUUAGUCUGUCAAGAAUUCUCCAUUUGCUUCCAUUUUUAUGUAUUCCCAACACAUUUUGAUUAAUUGAUAUGGCCAUUGCUGAUC